CCCACAUUGACAAACCUCAAACAUCACUGAGAGCCCACAGACCAGCCCAUCAAGAAUCGACGUUAAGAACGAAGAUGUCGUUCUCUCUAGGCGUUUCCGUUUGCCAUUGAAGUCACAGACACAUCUAGUCCCAAAGCUGAGGAUCACAGAGAUGGCUUAUUGCUGAAUGGGGCUGUGCGUUGGCAUUGACUUGGAUUGAAUGAGAAAAAUAAAUGAAAGCAACCCAUUAGGCUGAAAAUUUUGAAAACUAAAGGAGACCUAAGAAGAAGGACAUGAAGCAUAAAAUGGAAAGUGAAAAAUGCAAACAAUUAUGUGUUUCGGGCUCUAGACGCACUCGGUCACAGGCAGCUCCAGAGUGGCCUGUAGAGGCUGCACUCAUUCUUGUGAAUGAGAUUGCUGCUGUUGAAGCAGAUUGCUUGAAUGCUUUGUCUAGCUAUCAGAUGUGGAAUAUAAUAGCAGCGAACUGCACUGCUUUGGAUAAACCGCGGACUUUGAAUCAGUGCCGGAGGAAGUGGGACUCCUUGGUAUCUGAGUACAACAAGAUCAAGCAGUGGGAGUUGCAGUCUGGGAGUGGUUUGUAUUGGUCUCUGGAAAGUGAAAGGAGAAGAGAAUGUGGGCUUCCAGAAAAUUUUGACAGUGAGCUAUUCAAAGCGGUUGAUGAUCUUGUAAGGGCACAGGAGAAGAAAUCUGAUACAGACUCAGAUAGUGAUCCAGAAGCAAAGAUCGAGGUGCUUGAUGUAGCGGCAGAACUAGGGUCCAGGAGGCAAAGGAGGCGGUUAACAUCUCCAAAAAUCUGUGUAGAGGAAAAGCCUUUGAUAAGCUACAAAAAGGAAGAGCCUCCGGGAAGCCCCACUGAAGAAAAGCCUCAGAAAAAACUCCUAGAAGAUCCUGUGAAUGGCCUAACCGAAGAAAAUCCUCAGGAAAGUUGCUUCAAAGAAAAGUACCAGAAACGCCAUGAAGAAGAUCAUGUGGAAGAAAAGGAGACGAUGAGUAUAGAAGAACAGGAGCAGAUGAUGAUUAUGAAAUUGCAUGAGAAUGCAGAACUCAUUGAAGCCAUUGUUUCUGAAAAUGUAGACUUAGGGCCUGCUGCUGAUGUGAAGAAUGUUGAGGACUGCCAAACUGAUUUUGCAAGACGUCAAGGAGACAAGCUUAUCAAAUGCCUCAGAGACAUUGUAAACACCCUUGAUCAGUUCAGUGAUCUUGUUCAAUAAUGUGAAUAGUUGUUAGCAUUGAGAAGUGAAAUAUAAAAGCUUUUUAGUUAAGAAAUUGACGUUUAACUUUUCUAAUGAAAUGCUAGUUGUGAUGUAGUAGCUUGCUUCCAUUACCUUGUUACUUGCAAGGGAAGAACAAAAUCAGCACCAAUGAGUGAAUACUCUGCUCCUCCCUCCUCUGGCCUUGCUAA